GCGAGGGACGGGCGAGGCACAGGAUCACCGCUAGGGUCUUUUGAUCUCUGGGAAAGGAAAAAGACAGUUUCUUAUAUCGCUUUGAGGUUUGUGUGGCUAAGUGAGGAUGACAGCAGCGAGAAAGGCGACGCUACGGCUGCUGCUGACGUGGCUGGCAGUUGUGGCAGUUUCGCAGGCCGAUCAAGUUGAGGUGCUGAAAGAUGGUGCUCUGCUACAGUGGUACACCGGCCUGGCCAGCACUCUGUACCAUGCCCAGAAGCAGCUGGCUGCAGCGGGGAAUGUUCAGACCAAUGCUCAAACUGAUACCCAAAUCGAUGCACAAGCUGAUAUUCAGACCAAUGUUCAGACUGAUGCUCACACUGAAGCUGAGGCCGAUGGUGGCGAUUCCUCCACUGACACCAACACGAAUUACGAGUACAACAAGAGCGAGGCACUGGAAAAGAGCCACGCAGCUCUUGAAACCACCGUAGCCUCUACAGUCACCUCGCAGUACAAAACCAUCACAACCACCACGCCUCAAGCCCCAAACUGCGGCGCCGUGGUGGAUGGCUCUUUAGCUGGUGCUGGCGUGCUCACCUCCCCAGGCUAUCCUGACCAGUACGAGCAGGGGCUGUACUGCGUGUGGACCAUCGUGGGAGGGAAGGGCAAGCGUGUGCGGCUGCUGUUUGAGGACUUUGAGGUGACUAAGACACCCUCGUGCAGCGGCGACUACCUGCGGGUGUCUGUCACAGGCUCUUCCAACGACACCCACGCCAUCUCCCUUUGUGGCACUGAUGUUCCUGGCGAGUACCUGAGCGACCAGGACAUCAUCUACCUUGAAUUCCGCUCCACUCCUGACGGCGAUACUUGCAGGGGAUUCUCAGCCAGAUACAGCGUGGAGGAAGUGGUCGUGACGUGUGGCCAAGAGGUGUCCUUCCUGGAAUUCGACUUCGAGAAUCCUGAGUAUCCAGAGCAGAUAGCCAACGACUCUAGCCACUGUCAGCUGACCGUCUCCCAUGACUGUGAGGUGCCCAUCUGUCAGGUCAGAUUGGAUUUCAUAGAGAUGGAGCUUCAACCGCCCGUGUACGGCAACUGUGACAACGACGAGUUUAUGGUGCGAGCCAACGAGCCUGUUCCCGUCCUUUGUGGCACCAACUCGGGCCAACACAUAUACGUGGAAGUGGCAGGGCGUGCCAGCACCAGCCUGCACGUGCUGCUCUCACCCAUCCUGCCCAAACCUGUGGGGCAUGUGACCGAUCCUGACACCGGGGACAUCCACCCACUGGAGUGGAAAUAUGAAGUGGAAGAGAAAAGGAGAUGGAAGAUUCGCGUUAACCAGAUUCCCUGCGAUUGUUCUUACGAUCAUCUGAAGCCCUUAAGUCCUAGAGCACCCACAGGCUGUCUGCAGUAUCACGUAGGGGUGAGGGAGACGAUCAGCAGCUUCAACUUCGGGGGCAGUAAACUGGAUUAUGACUCUUGCUGGAACGGGACUGAGAGGGAUUGUGGUCGCCAAGUGUGGACAGGUCACCUUAACAACCUGGACUACCACGUGUGUGUGCGCGCCGCAGAGGGGUACUGUGGCAUCAUGUACACGCCCACGGGUCCUGAGUCCUUCCUCCUCAAUGGCGAGACUCCCUUCAAUAGUACAGAGCUGGGGAAAAACCUGUACGGCUGGAAGGGCUGCCAGGCGGAUUACGUGCUCGUACCCAAAAGUCGAACCCCUGGGGACAACGACCCAUGGAGCCACGACAGGUUCUGCGGCCAGGCGCUCGGAAAUUACGUGAAGGGUCCCAUAGUCAGUUACUCCACUCCCUUCUACAUGCAGGUGAAGACAGAUGAAGAUGAGUAUUCCCGCAGCAUCGACUUAGGUAAUCGUGGUUUUGAGCUUCAGUAUACUCAGCUACCUUGCUCCGGCCCUUACCUCUUCAAUGGGGAUCAGAAAUUCGUAGGGUAGAGCAAAGGCGCUGGAUGGUCGUUGAUGGUGCUGUACAUCUGAGGAAUGACAAUUGUCACUUGUGUUUUAAGAAAAAAUAAAAAUACUAAAGUGUC